AUGCUUGGACAGCUGGCAGCGCUGGAGGAGGCGGCGCCGGGCCGCACCACGCGCAUCCUCACCUCCGACUUCCCGCAGUACUUCGCCAUCGUGUCGCGCGUGCGCCAGGAGGUGCACGCCAUCGGGCCCGAGGGCGGCAUGGUGUCGUCGAGCGUGGUGCCGCAGGUGCAGGCCGUCUUCCCGCAGGGCGCGCUCACCAAGAAGAUCAAAGUGGGACUGCAGGCGCAACCCAUCCCGGCCGAGCUGACGGCGAAGCUGCUGGGCAACCGCGUGGCCGUGUCGCCCAUCGUGACGGUGGAGCCGCGGCGCCGCAAGUUCCACAAGCCCAUCACCUUGACCAUCCCGGUGCCGCAAGCGGCCAACAAGGGCAUGAUCAACCAGUACUCGGGCGACGCGCCCACGCUGCGCCUGCUGUGCAGCAUCACAGGGCGCACGGACGCGCGCCAAUGGGAGGACGUGACCGGCUCCACGCGCUCACCUUCGUCACGAUGCGUGUCCUUCACGACGACGGUGUCGGCGCGCUUCUGGCUUCAUGGAUGCCGCAACAUCGCCGAAGCCACCAAGAUGGCCACCGAACUCUAUAAGGAAGCGAUUCAUGUUCCCUCAGGCCAAGUGCUCGAAGGCAAGCCCCAGUACAUCGAAUUCGCGGGCAACCUGGUGCCCGUCACCAAAUCAGGGGACCAGCUGCAGCUGGGCUUCCGCGCCUUCCGGGAGAACCGGCUGCCCUUCACCGUGCGCGUCAAGGACCCGCACGCCGACACCGUGGGCCGCGUGCUCUUCAUGCGCGAACCCAAGGUACCAAAAGGAGAACCACCCCAACAACCGGUAUGCAUCCUCAACAUUGUCCUACCGGAGACCAUUGUGCCAGAAGCCGGCGUUUCGGAACCCGACCUCCUGGCGUUACAAAGCAAAUACAGAUUCCUCAGGGAUGGCGUCGGGCGGCCCGAGGCGUUCUCGCGCGCCAGCCUGCGCCUCGCCGACAUCAGCAACCUGCUGGGCGACGACUGGGUGGCGCUGGCGCUGCAGCUGGGGCUCACCACGUCCGACGUGAACGUCAUCAAGUCGCAGCAGCCCGGCGGCGGCGCGCACCAGGCCAUGGCGAUGCUGCGCCUGUGGCUGCGCACCGCCGGCAACAAGGCCACCAGUCAACAACUCCCGAAGUUGAUUAAGGCCGGCUUCGACGCCCUCAAGGAGGAGAUCGGGCCGUCGCGCGACGCCUCGCUGCGCCGCGACGCCGCACUCGACGCCGCCUUCGAGGAGCAGGACAUCAUGAAGGAGUCCGAAUCGGUAGAAGAACUCGUCCAGGCUGAGAAGAAAGAACCAAGAAAAGAGGACAAGGUGGGCGGCGCGGCGCCGGCGCUGGCGGCGCGCGCCGCGCUCGAGGCCCUCGUCGCCGACAAGCUGCCGCCCGAUGCGGACGAGCGCGAGCGCGACGAGACCAAGUACAUCGGCGAGGAGAAGACCGUCGUGGAAGAGGAGCGACGCUCCGUCGCGCAGCUCAAGCAGAUUUUCGCACAGGACAAACGGGACCGGCAGUACGAGCGGCAGCCGAGGCAGGUGGCGGCGGGACUCGCGUCGGACGAGGCCGACUCGCCGCGCCCGCCCUCCACCGCCGAGGACGCGUCCUCGCGCCUCUCGUCCUCCACGCUGGAGGACAGCACGGCGGACGAGGACACGGCGCGCCCGCGGCCCGCCCCCGCCCCCGCCGCCGGCGCCGCCGCCUUCGCCGCGGAGGCCGAACGACGCGACUCGGCGCUGUUCGAGGGCGUCAGCCAGGAGCUGGCGCGCCUCGACACCACCUACAAAGUCACACCCGCCCCGGAG